AUGAGCUAUAUUGGUUAUGUUUACGUUAAUACCGGACUUUCGCGUUGUUGCCAAAUUUACCUUCAGCACCUUUAACAAUAAAGGUGGCUAUGGUAACACCCGUUUGUUUUAUUAGCGUGUAUGUGAUAUGUGCAGAAGUAAUCAUUGGUAAUCGUCAAGAUGGCAUCCACCCCUGCAGGGAGAAUACAUCAGAUUACUUACGAAAAACGUCUAGAAAUCCUCCAGAAAUUAGAAGAAGGUGCUACUGCGGAUCAGCUCGCUGCUGAAUAUAAUCUCCAUAAAAGGACCAUACAAAAAUAUCGAAAAAAUGCGACAUCGAUUCGACAGUUUUCGGAGAGUUCUAGCUGUUUACAUUCAAAAAGAAUACGGCCACCAUUGCACGGGGUUGUCGAUGCUCGGCUAUACAGAUGGGUUUUGGAAAGACGAGCGUUAGGAGAGAACCUAACGGACAAUCUUUUGCAGGAAAAAGCGAUGAAAUUGCAUGCAGAAUUUGGUAGUUCGACGAAAUUUGUGGCAAGCAACGGUUGGCUAGAAUGUUUCAAAAAAAGGCACAACAUACGUUUCACAAGCGUCUACAGAGAAAAAUCUGACAUGAAUACAAUGCCUUCGGAAAAAUUUUCAGAUGAAUUGAGGCACAUAUUGAUCCAAGAAAAUAUUGAUGAAAGAAACGUGUACAAUAUGUAUGAGACAAGCUUAAUGUGGAAAGCCCUUCCGCAAAGAACAUUGGUUCACACUGAAGAACAAUGGGUAAAAAGCACAAAAAUAAGAAAAGAUCGUGUUACUGUGGCAUUUUGUGCAAAUGCCACUGGAACACACAAGCUGCCACCCCUUUUUAUUCACAAGUAUGCAAAUCCAAGAGCUUUAAAACACUGUAAACAUAUUUUACCAGUGAUAUAUAAAAAUGAACAAAAUGCUUGGAUCAACAAAGACCUUUUUAAUGAUUGGUACAUCAAUCACUUUAAGCCUAGUGUAAAGCAAUACCAGCUACAGCAUCAGCAUGUGGGAAAGGUGUUAUUAUUGAUGGACAAUUACAUAGGACAAGUAUUUUCCAAAGAAGCACAGGAAGAACCUCAAUUCAAACUAAUGUUUUUUCCAUCCAAUACGACCACAAUAAUUCAACCAAUGAAUCAAGGAGUAAUCUCCAAAUGUAAAAAAUUAUUUCGGCAUAAACUACUUAGUUUAGUUCUACAACAUGAUAGUAAAGUGAAACAGUUUUAUGUUGAUUAUGACAUAAAAGAUUGUAUUGACUUGAUCGCCGAAGCAUGGGAUGCAAUAACACCAGUUACCAUUCAAAAUUCAUGGAGAAAAAUUCUGUAUCAACCAUCUGCAGACAAUACUUUCAAAAGACACGAUUCAAAUGCCUAUAUGCUAAAAGAAUGGCAGCAAUUUGAAGAAAUAAUUCAUGUUGAUGAUAUAAUUGAAUGGAUUACCAAAUGUGAAAAAGAAGAGUCCAUAAUCGUGAAAGAAGAAAAUACAGAUUCGCAAGAUAAUGAAAUAGAACAGGAAAUUGAUUAUAUUUUUAAUGGCUUGACAACAUGGACAAAAACUCAACCCGAGUUCAUAAAAUUACAUGCAAAUAUUUUAAUAGAUUAUUACAACCAAAAAUAAUAUAUUUAUGUAUAUGAUUAAGAAUGUAAAUAUACAUUUAUAUUAGUACAAUAGGUCAAAUAGAUUUGUGUCAUUUGUAGGAGGUAGCAAGCUCUGUUACUUAUUAAAACUCUGUCUGUUUUUAAACAGGCAAGAGUCUGUAAUAUUCUCCUUAAAGGGCAAAAAUUUAGUUGGCCCAUUGUACAAGACUGUGAUUUAAUGUAUUCUACAGAGAUCUACGAAAAAAUACCCAUGCUGUUAUAUAUCGAAAUGCAAAAAUUCGUCUAAAACAUAAAUUUCUUGUUUUACCAAAACAUAGGGAAGUAAGAUCGUAUCCGAUAAUAAUGGCUAAUAAUUUUAGUUAUAAUGAAUUAACAAAAAAUCUUGUUUCAGCUUAAAAUAAAAUGGUGUAUUUGAAAGAAAGAUGCAAGCAUCAAAUAUGCAAAAUAUAUUUUCAAGAAGAUAAUAAAAUUGAUGGACUUUUUAAUGGAAGACUUACGAAGUGUGGUAAAUUUCCAUUUCAGAAACUCCUAGGGUUAGUAAAACAAAUGAAUAUGUUGGUAAUUUCGCCAGAAUCGAUAUGUUUCUUAGAUUAUCGAGUAAGAAUUUUUUAACUCUGGUACUAAUAAGGGAAA